GGAGGGUCCCCGGGCGUGCGGCCGGGCCAGCGGCUGUGCUUCUCCCGGCAGACGCAGCGUCAUGCGCAGCCCCCCUGGCAGGGCGCUGCUGCUGAUUACGCGCCGGGGCCCGGCCGUGCGUUCGUGGGCCCCGGCAGUGUCCUCUAGGACGUGGCUGGCUUCUGAGUGGAACCCGCUCGUACGCGCGUGGACGUCUCGAAUCCAUGUGCCGUCCCCGGGCCUCCGCUUUCCCGCGCCCCUCUCCCGGCUGCCUGGCGGCGUGGGGCGAUGGGCCACAUCCUCAGCGGCCCGCAGGUGCUGGGUACUGGCAGGAUCCCGCGGCGCGCGUCCCCUGUUCGCCAGGUUCCAGGGAAUUCCAGCGGCAGCCACCGGUGUGCGAGACCUUGGGGACGACUCCCGGCGGCGGCCCGCGGCACCACGGCGCUCAGAAGUGUGGAAGCUCCUCGGGCUGGUGCACCCUGAGCGCGGGAAGCUGUCAGCUGCCGUUGGGUUUCUUGCCGUGUCCAGUGUUGUCACCAUGUCUGCCCCCUUCUUCCUGGGGAAGAUCAUUGAUGUCAUUUACACCGACCCAAGCGGGGACUUUGGUGAGAGCCUGACUCGCCUCUGUGCUGGACUCACCUGUGUGUUCCUCUGUGGUGCUGCUGCGAAUGCUGUUCGUGUCUACCUCAUGCAGGCUUCAGGUCAGAGCAUUGUGAACAGGCUGCGCACCUCACUCUUCUCCUCUGUCCUAAAGCAAGAGGUUGCUUUCUUUGAUAAGACCCGCACAGGAGAAUUGAUUAACCGCCUCUCCUCAGAUACUGCACUCCUGGGGCGCUCAGUGACUGAAAACCUCUCUGACGGACUGAGGGCUGGGGCCCAGGCCUCGGUUGGUGUUGGCAUGAUGUUUUUUGUGUCACCCAGUCUGGCCACCUUUGUUCUGAGCGUGGUACCUCCGAUCUCCAUCCUCGCCGUGAUUUAUGGGCGAUAUCUACGGAAACUGUCCAAAGCCACACAGGACUCUUUGGCACAAGCCACACAGCUAGCUGAGGAACGUAUUGGGAACAUAAGAACCAUCCGAGCUUUUGGGAAGGAGAUGAUGGAAGUGGAGAAGUACAGCGGUCACGUGGACCAGUUGCUGCAGCUAGCACGGAAGGAGGCCUUUGCACGAGCUGGCUUCUUCGGAGCAGCUGGGCUCUCUGGAAACCUGAUCGUGCUGGCUGUCCUGUACAAGGGGGGCCUGCUGAUGGGCAGCGCCCACAUGACAGUGGGCGAGCUCUCUUCCUUCCUCAUGUAUGCCUUCUGGGUUGGACUGAGCAUUGGAGGUCUAAGUUCAUUCUACUCGGAGCUCAUGAAAGGCCUGGGCGCUGGUGGGCGACUCUGGGAGCUGCUGGAGAGACAGCCACAAAUGCCUUUUAAUGAAGGGACUGUGUUAGACGAGAAAAGCUUCCAGGGUGCCCUGGAGUUUAGAAACGUGCACUUCACGUACCCUGCUCGCCCAGAAGUAUCCGUGUUCCAGGAUUUCAGUCUUUCCAUCCCAUCUGGAUCUGUCACAGCUCUGGUUGGCCCUAGUGGUUCCGGAAAAUCGACAGUAGUCUCCCUCCUGCUGCGGUUGUAUGACCCUGUGUCUGGAACAGUCAGUCUUGAUGGCCACGACAUUCGUCAGCUAAACCCCGUCUGGCUGAGAUCUAAGAUUGGGACAGUCAGUCAGGAGCCAGUCCUGUUUUCCUGCUCUGUCGCAGAAAACAUUGCCUAUGGUGCUGACAACCCGUCCUCAGUCACAGCCCAGCAGGUGGAGAGGGCAGCAGAGGUGGCCAAUGCUGCGGGAUUCAUUCGUAGCUUCCCACACGGCUUUAGCACUGUGGUCGGGGAGAAGGGCAUCCUUCUAUCUGGUGGGCAGAAACAAAGGAUCGCAAUAGCCAGGGCCCUGCUGAAGAACCCCAAAAUUCUUCUCCUUGAUGAAGCGACCAGUGCACUGGAUGCUGAGAACGAGUAUCUGGUACAGGAAGCACUUGACCGGCUGAUGGAAGGAAGGACAGUGUUGAUCAUAGCUCACCGCCUGUCCACCAUUAAGAAUGCCAAUUUUGUUGCUGUCCUUGACCAAGGAAAAAUCAGUGAACAUGGGACACAUGAAGAGCUGCUUUUGAAGCCCAAUGGGCUUUACAGAAAACUAAUGAACAAACAGAGUUUUAUGUCAGUAUAAUGGAACAGUCCCUGGAGCUGCCACAGGAUCAGCCUAUAAUCCCAGCUAUCAGUAAACUGGAGCAAAAGGAUGGUAAAGACUUCGUCGCGUACAUAGCAAGACCCUGUCUGAAAACAAACAAAAACAAAGCUGUAGGUAUUGGUGGGUUGUCUGAGAGACUUUUAAAACCAAACAGCAUUGGGGGAAACAGCUUAGGACUAUGAAACCUGUGGUUCAUACUUCAGUGAUUUGAGACGUGCCUAUUUUCACAAAGAAUGU